AUGAAGACGCUCGACGCCUCUCCGGUUUCUAGUCAAUCUCCGAAACCUCGUCAACACAGAAACCGCGAAGUGAGUUCACGGUUUCUCCCUUCUUCGCCGCCUCCGAGCUCAAUUAUCACUACCUCCAUGGAAUCCGGCGAAUGCCAUUCCCCUGUUCAACGCAAACCUACGAGUCCCGCCGCCGACAGCCGGAGGCACAAGAUAACGGAAGAACCGGGUUUCAUGCGCCACCAACUAUGGCCUUCUUCCGCGGCGGCGAUGAAGAAAAACUCCGGCACUCUCGCCGAUCACAUCAGCGAGGACAGGAUCAUAGAGCAACUCGACGAGAAAACUACCAAGAUCACAAGUUCCAUUAGCUCCAAGGAAAACGAUAGACCAAUAAUCAUUGGUGGUUCAAUGAGGUAUUUGGGAACACCACCAUCAUCAUCAUCUUCAUCUUCUUCUUCUGUUAAGAAACACGGUUCUAAGAGUUCCACCAUUUUUCCGGGAAGAUUGUCCGUGGACGAGAAUGCUAAAUCCUUGUCUUCACUAAGAAAAUCUUAUUCUUUGACGAACUCUGUUGAUUUAGAAUCUGAAUAUGGUGCCAGAAAAUUGGGAGUGGAGGUUCCAUCGAGGUACAUGAAUGAUGUAACGACAAGAAGGGGUAGAAGAGGAACUUCAGAUUCCAACAUUCUGAAUGUGACUGUGAAUAUGAAUAUGAACAGUGAUUCCCCUGUGUUGAAGAGAUUCACAUUGAAAACAGCGAUAAAGAGGGCUAAUUCGCUUACUGGGUACAAGAGUUCUAAGUCUCAAUGGGCUUUGUCACCUGGAAGGUCAGAUUCACCGGUUAUGUCUGUAGAAAGCAUGGAUAAACCCAUGUCUUUUUCGAGCUUGAAGCACCCAACAACUCCUACUAAGGAGGUUAAAGGAGUGGAAAAAUUCCUCAACAUGGGUUUUGAUAUCUUCAAGAGUAAGAAACCUUUGGUUAAUUCGCCUCCCAUUGGUUUUGGAAACUCAAACUCAGAGGCUGUUCAUCAGCUUCGUAUGCUUGAUAACCGUUUCAUUCUAUGGCGAUUAGCAAAUGCUAGAGCUCAAGCUGUGAAUGAAAACAUGUCUCAUCUGGCCCAGAGCAAUUUGAUAUAUGCUUGGGAUGGUAUCACAAAGUUGCAUCAUUCGGUUCUAAAAAAGAAUAUACAGUUUGCCAGAGAAAAACUUCAAAUGAAGAUCACUUUUAUACUAUAUUCUCAAGUCAGUACUAAACCUCAAUUAUGA